AUGUUUCCCAACAGUCAAUUCGAGCCGAAUUCCGCUUUCUCCGGCGGCGGAUUAAUGUCUUCUCAGCCUUCUCAGGCUUAUGAAACCUCGUCCUCCACUGCUAAGGGUAUUGUCCCAGUGACGGUGAAGCAAACCACCGAAUCUUCUCAGUCCGGUGACACUGAGGCUCAGCGUAAGGAGUUUAUAAAGCUAUGGACUCUCAAAGAAGCAUAUGUGAAAGCUUUAGGCAAAGGCUUCUCUGCUUCACCUUUCAAUACCUUUUCAAUCAUCCAAACAGAAGAAAGCUACAAUCUUUGCCAAGCAGAGGAGAGAGUUGGAGAAUGGAAGUUUAAGCUUCUGGAAUUCGCUGCUUCUUCUCAUUAUGCUGCAAUCUGCAUUGAAGAUGAUGAUGAAGCUAAUGAUUGUCCACAAAACCAUUCCUUUGUUAGAAGAUGA